GGCGUGUCGAGGGAGAUACAUCGCACGCCUCUGUGUUUUUACGUAAAUAUCGCAUUUGAAAACACAUUACCUUCUUUGCAAAAAAUUAGAGCUCGGCAUGAGGUGGUUAAGUGAUUACGAUUUCAGCUCGGAUGUGCAACAGUCGUAGUGAUCGAUUCUUACGUAAAAAUGAUUCAGUGAACCAUAAUGGAAACAACUGUGAUUCUUUCAAGGACUCAUUCAUCAAAGAUCAUUCCUUAUAAAACGAAUUUUAGAAGUCCCAGAUUUAAAGCGCGUCAUGACGUUAAGAUGAACGUCGAUUUUAAUCGAACUGUAUCGAAUUUUAGCGACAUCAAGCAAAAUUUUACCUUUACAACCGAAACGAACAUGUCAUAUUGGAACCAAAGCGAUUUUUUUCAUAACCUGACCAACAAUUCUGAAUUAGAAUAUGAUUAUCAAACGUUAAACACUACGGCUAAAGACGAUUUGUGGAGCAGUUGUAAAGAAUGGACGCCUGCACAACAUAAUCUCUUCCAGACUGCUAACUUUUUUUUUGCCGCUGCCUUUUUAGUUCCAGGCAAUUUUAAACAAAGUGUUCUCCUAGUUAGGGCUCUCUUGUCAAUUGGAUAUUUUUUCAUAACGAUAUGGGGUGGUGUAGAAGUUUGCGCUCCAGACAUCCUUCUAUGGAAUCUUAUAAUUGUGAUAUUAAAUGCAGGCCACACCGCCUUACUCACGUGGAAAUUUCUGCCUCCUACACUAACUCUGGAAUUGACAGAUUUAUAUCUUAAGGUUUUUAAACCCCUUAAAGUGAGUAAAAAGCACUAUACGGAAUUAGUCAGAGAAGCCAAAGUAAUGAAUCUAGAGGAAGGUGACAUUUAUGCAGUAGAAGAUGUCAGUCCGGCGGACGAAAGACUAUCAAUUUUGCUCAAAGGAAGGUUAAGGGUGACUUGUGACGAUACUCAUUUGCAUUUCAUAAAUAUGCAUCAGUUUGUGGAUUCUCCGGAAUGGGAAGCCAAUCACGAACAAUCAGACGAUGUUUUCCAGGUGACAAUCACGGCGGAAGAGGAUAGCGUUUACCUUUGUUGGCCGAGGAUGAAGCUAGAGCGGGUUUUGAGACAUCGACCGAUGCUCAAAUUGGUUUUGGAUUCUAUUAUAGGUAAAGAUAUAACACAGAAAUUGUAUGCGUUGAAUGAACAUCUGAGUGGAUUACAAGUAAAAAGAGGCGAAAAAAAUCGAAUAUGGGCUAGAACCCAUAAUCACAGCUUGUCCAUGGAUGCCGUUAAUACUGGUACCACGGGCUUGGUACGAUCCCAAGCGUACAAGUUGUCUAAUAGUAAAAAUUGUAAUCGUUCAUUAGGGAGAUUUGAUACACAAAACUGGGUGCCCCUCGUGGCUAAACAAUUUCCUGCUAAAUCACCCUUCAACCCCCAAAGUUCAUCAACGAAUCUUAGAAUUCCCGAAGUACACGCAACGCCCAGCAGGAAUCGAUCUUUGCGACGUUCUACACGAGAGGUUAAAUUCGAAACGAAGAAAAAAUAAGGACAAGACUAUGAUAAUAUCCGUUAUACUUAAACAAGACUAAUGAUACUAUGUUAAUGAUGGAUGGCUUUUAAUUUGUUGAGAUUGGAUGAAAUUAUAACACUGUUAACAUACAAAUGUUUUAUUAGCUAUUAAAGGAAAUAAACAAAUGAUUGAUUAAUCUUUAGAUAAAUAAUUUAAUAGGCUGUAUAAAGAUGAUUUUCAA